CUGAGGUGGCAGCGUGCGGGCGAUAUGGAGCUCCCUCAGAUGCCGGAGCUGAUGGGGCUGUCCCUGUUGGUCGGACUGCUGGCCCUGAUGGCCACGGCGGCGGUAGCGCGGGGGUGGCUGCGCGCCGAGGAGGAGAGGGGCGGCCGGCCGGUCCGCCAGAAAGCAAAUGGAACCAAGAAGUCAGGAUCCAAGAAGCAGAAACAGAGUCAGCGGAUUCGCAAGGAGAAGCCUCAACAACAUAGCUUCACUCACCGUCUCCUGGCUGCAGCGCUGAAGAGCCACAGCGGAAACAUAUCUUGCAUGGACUUUAGCAGCAAUGGCAAGUAUCUGGCCACCUGUGCAGAUGAUCGCACAGUCCGCAUCUGGAGCACCAAGGACUUCCUCCAGCGGGAGCACCGCAGCAUGAGAGCCAACGUGGAGCUGGAUCACGCCACCUUGGUGCGCUUCAGCCCUGACUGCAGAGCCUUCAUUGUUUGGCUGGCCAAUGGGGACACUCUCCGUGUCUUCAAGAUGACCAAGAGAGAAGAUGGGGGAUUUACCUUUACAGCCACCCCAGAGGACUUCCCUAAAAAGCACAAGGCACCUGUCAUCAACAUUGGCAUUGCUGACACAGGAAAGUUCAUCAUGACAGCCUCCAGUGACACAACUGUCCUCAUCUGGAAUCUGAAAGGUCAGGUUCUGUCUACCAUCAAUACCAACCAGAUGAACAAUACCUAUGCUGCUAUAUCCCCUUGUAGCAGGUUUGUGGCCUCGUGUGGCUUCACCCCAGAUGUGAAGGUCUGGGAAGUCUGCUUUGGAAAGAAGGGGGACUUCCAGGAGGUCGUGCGAGCCUUUGAACUGAAGGGCCACACUGCAGCUGUCCACUCCUUCGCUUUCUCCAAUGACUCGCGGAGGAUGGCCUCUGUCUCCAAGGAUGGUACAUGGAAACUGUGGGAUACAGACGUGGAAUACAAGAAGCAGCAGGAUCCCUACCUGCUGAGGACAGGACGCUUUGAAGAGGCUAGCACCAUGCAGUGCCGUCUGGCUCUCUCCCCUGACACCCACGUCUUGGCCUUGGCCAGCGGCACUAGUAUUCAUCUCUACAAUACCCGGCGGGGCGAGAAGGAGGAAUGCUUUGAGCAGGUCCAUGGGGAGUGUAUCACAGACUUAUCCUUCGACAUCACUGGCCGCUUUCUGGCCUCCUGUGGGGAUCGGGCGGUGCGGCUUUUCCACAAUACCCCUGGCCACCGGGCAGUGGUGGAGGAGAUGCAGGGCCUCCUGAAGCGGGCCUCCACCGAGAGCACUCGUCAGAGGCUGCAGCAGCAGCUAACCCAGGCCCAGGAGGCCCUGAGGAGCCUGGGAGCCCUGAAGAAGUGACUGGCUCAGGAAGGGUCUUGCCGGCUUCCCCACUACUUCCACUUUGAUUCCCAGGUGCUCCUGGGUGGAAACCUUUCAAAGGAGGUCUUGGUGUUCUUGCUGGCGGCCCCUCUUUUUCCUAUUGAAACUGCUCUUGUCCACUUGGAUCUCUCUCUCUUCUUACUGGUUUUGACUCCUGGACUGAAGAGCAAGGUGCUUUUCUUUCUCCCAGGCCCAAGGGGUGGAAUCUCUCUUCACCCAGCACCGAGGAAAGUGGUCUUUGACCUUGGGGCAGCAUACUCUGACACCCAGGAAGUUUAUAAACGUAGAGAUGAACCCCGGGAAUGUUGCAGCACUAUUAUGGGGCGAGCUGAGCUGUGUUCUGAGCCCCAGGAAGAUGAGCCUUCACCUGGGUCAGGUUACCAGCUCCAUCGAGAAGUAAUGAAGGUGCUGCUUUCUGGGCUUUGGUUUUCUUAUUUGUAAAAUGCAGAGUAAUGCUCUCUGUUGCCUCCUUGCAAACACGAGGCUAAGGAAGUCUAAGUUCCCUACAUUUGGAAGAAAAGUGAAAAAGAAUAAUAUUGUCCGACGUCAUUAACUGUUCAGUAAAAGUGGGACUCAAAAGAGUGUGGUUUGAAACCAAAUUAGAAACAUUCCUGUGUAGCAAAGUUUUAUGGGACUUGGUCAUACGUUUGGAGUCUGGUUCAGUUUCAUGUUGUGUGGAAGAGCGGUCUGAUCCUGGGUCGGGCCGUGCCACUCUAGAGAAGUCACAUCCUGUCUGAGGAGACCUCUUUUCAGUUCAUCACAUGUUUGAGUGCCUCCUCUGGCCAGCCCGGCUAGGUACGGAGGAUAAAUAUGACUGAGGUCAGGGAACUAAGAGACAUGUCUAUAAUUCAUGGCUACAGUAGACUGUUGUAAAAGUCAAGGCGAGAGAGAACUGAGCCAUGACAGAGGUGACUGGUAUGAGGGUGAAUGAAUAGAUUGAUAAUUAGGUUUUUCAAAGUUUGAAUCUGGGAACAUAAGGACUGCUUGCAUAUGGGAAGUGAAGGAGAUUAGGAAUCUAGGCACAAUGUCUUCAUCCAGAAUCAGUCUUGAUCUCUAAAACCAGGGCGUCCAGUGGUCCCAGUGUUCCAGAUGUUAGAACAGGUCACAACCUCGAAGUUGUCCUUGACUGCUCCCUUUUCAUUACCACCUCCCACCCCCACUGCUCCAUCCACCCUUAAGGAAGUUCCUUGACAUGCUCAGUCUGCUGCCUCUCUCCAUCUUUUCUGUUACCAUCCUGGUCCUAGCCACUGUCACCUAUUGGACCUCAUAGUACAGCUUGCAAUUGGUUUCCCAGUUGGGUUCCCUGCUUCCUCUGUUGUCUUAGUCACCUUUCUACCCAGCAGAGUGAUCUUCUGAAAAUGUAAAGCAGACCACCUUACUCCCUGGUUAAAACCCUUCAAAAGCUUCCCCUUGCUUUUUAAACAAAAUCCUAAAAUUCUCACCACGAAGCCAUGUGACCUGGCCCCUUCCUUCUCUGUGAUCUUUCUUAACCGCUCUCAGCCACCCGGUCUUGCUGUUCUUGAAUGAGCUGAACUGUCUGUAGCGGCCGGUGCUUCCUGCCUGUGCUGGUCCCUCUGCGUGGAAGCCUCUUUCUUUCCUGUUGGCAGACUUGUCAUGCUUGUCAUAAUUCAGUUCUUCAGUUCUUGGUUUCUUUUGCCUCCCAGAGAAUCCCCCUCCCUGACCACCCCAUCUGAAGUAGCCCUUUCCACCAAUCAUAUCACAUCCGUCACUUUAGCUUAGUUUCUUUGUUCUCUGUUACUUGAUGCUAUCUGAAGUUAUCUUGUUUGGAUAUUUGUUUGCUUCAGGGGUUUCCAUUUCAGUUCUUUUGGAUGUCAAAUAACCAACAUGUCAGUGUCUGAGGCCAGUCCUUUGGGUUUGAGACGAUAGGAAAUGAUGGAGGCUGCAGGGAGCUGAGGGCAUGCGCCCUGGUUGUGGGGCAGCAGGUGACUACUACCUAUUAUUGUUGAAGGAUCUAGCACAUGUUGCCUGUUUCAGAGAAGCUAGGCUUUGGCAAUGUACUAAAAAAUAAAAACACAAAAAUUAAGAACUGUAUGGACCACACAAAACACUGAGGUGUCCAGAUGCAGGCCACUUGUCAGCGUGUGGACUGUAGGACCCACUGCAGUGUGAACUGCACAGGGACAAAAUCCUUGUCUGUCUUCUUUGUUCUGGGUCCUGAGCACAGUAGCUAGGACUAAGUAAGCCUUCAAUAAAUGUUGCACUCAGAAUAGGGGCAACUGGUGGGUGGACACCUUGGUAUAUUUUCUAUUUCUUGCACUUCCGAUAAUAUGGUUUUAUGUUCCUGAUAACAGACUUCUGACUCAUAAUACUGUGCACAUGGGACUGGUGAAUAUUUACUUUUGACUGCCAGAAGAUUGAGACUAAAAAACUCUUUGCACACCUGUUUUGAGAAGCAGCUCUGGCAUUACUCCCAUAGUACACCCAAGAGGAAGUGACCAUAGAAUGUUGAGUUACUGAAGUCAGAAGUCUUCAGUUCCCGUUUCUGCUGGGGCCUGAAGCAGGUAGAUCACUUGACCUCUGGGUUUGUUUUUUCAUCUGUAAAAUGGGAAUAAAUCCUAUCAUGUCCACUUGC